AUCCACGAUUUGGUCAGUCCAUCAGUAGCAUUUGAGUAAUUAACUCGCGUCAAACAAAAUGGCUAAACAGAGACAGAGCACUGCUAAACCCCAGCAGAAAACUAAAAAGCUGAAGAGUGCCAACAAAUCGAAAAAACAAGCUAAGACAGCCCAAGCGUCUGCUCCUAAUCAACAGACUCAAGCCUCACUUCAACAAGCUUUAUCAGGGCAAGCUAUAGCUCAGACUCAAGCUUUUAAAGCAUUGGCUCAAGCUCCCUUUCAGCAGGCUGCGUCUCAGCAAAAUCAACAAAAACAGUUCUUGUAUUCCCAUGCUCAGGCUCCUCUUCAACAGGCUCAACAAGAUCAAGCUCAGUAUCAGCAGGCUCAAGCUCAGGCAGCUAAUGCCCAGCAGGCUUUAUCUCAGUUGACCAGUGCCCAACAAUAUCAGGCUCCAUAUCAGCAGUCGCCACAAGCUCAAGCUCAGUAUCAACAGGCUCAAGCUCAGGCAGCUAAUGCCCAGCAGGCUUUAUCUCAGUUGACCAGUGCCCAACAAUAUCAGGCUCCAUAUCAGCAGUCGCAACAAGCUCAAGCUCAGUAUCAGCAGGCUCAAGCUCAAGUAGCCAAUGCCCAGAAGGCCUUGGCUCAGUUGGCCAGCGCCCAACAAGCUCAGGCUUCAUAUCAGCAGUCGCCACAAGCUCAAGCUCAGUAUCAACAGGCUCAAGCUCAGGUAGCAAAUGCCCAGCAAGCUUUAGCUCAGUUGGCCAGCGCCCAACAAGCUCAGGCUCCAUAUCAGCAGUCGCCACAAGCUCAAGCUCAGUAUCAACAGGCUCAAGCUCAGUAUCAACAGGCUCAAGCUCAAGUAGCAAAUGCCCAGCAAGCUUUAGCUCAGUUGGCCAGUGCCCAACAAGCUCAGGCUCCAUAUCAGCAGUCGCCACAAGCUCAAGCUCAGUAUCAACAGGCUCAAGCUCAGGAAGCAAAUGCCCAGCAAGCUUUAGCUCAGUUGGCCAGUGCCCAACAAGAUCAGCAGCAAGCUUAUGCACAGAAGAGACAAACUCGGCAGCAAGCAAAGAAGGCACAAGCUCAACAACCUAAUUUCCAGUAAAAUCAGUCUUAGCUUCAGUGAGAACAAUUUAAUACAGUGUUUAAUUAAGAAGCAGAAGAAGAAAUCCUUGCCAGGCAUCCUGCAUCAUGCCUAAUGUAUUAUACAUGAUUUAAAAAUUGUAGCAUGUUUGCUAGUUUUUACAAAUAAACAGUCAUACAUUUA